AUGUUCAAUAAAUAUUUUACUUUUUAUAAGGUAUGCAGAGAAAAAACAAAGCUAUAUAAGUUCAUAAAGAAUGUCUAUAUUGAAAAAAUUAAAUAGAUUGAAGAAAGUUUAUUAUAUGCAAAUGACCUUUAAUAUACUAUAUUAGCUUUAGAAAAUACAAAAUUAAUCAAUUCUGACAAUACUAAAUAAAUAGUAGAGAUUUCCAAAUAAAUCUUUCACAACUUAAAUAUAUCUAAAUUGGAUACUCCUUAAAAAGCAGUAGAUUUAGUUAAAGUAUUAAAUGAAAAUCUCUCAGCCAACGAUGUAAGGUUGUAUAGAGAAAUAUAUAAAUUUUAUAAAAAGCAUGCCUAGUAUUUUAAUCAUCAACAAGUAGAAACUCUCUAAAAAUGUUAUUAUCAUUUUGCUAGGUAACUUAAUUUUAAUGAUUUAAUUUAAAUUGAUGAGAAAACAUCAUCUGCUAAACAUACUGAAAAUUUUAACUAUAUUCAUUCAGAUAUAUAUCAACUUAAAUAAUAAGAAGAUUGGAAUAUCAUGAUUAAAGAUGAUCCUAAAUCAUUGACUAGUGCAGCAAUAUUAACUCAUAAGAAUGGCAUUAUUUUAAGAAUACAAGGAGUAUAUUAAAAUAAUUAUGAAAGUAUUAUAGAUACUAAAAAAUUAAUAUCAGAAAAGAAACCUGAUAUUAUUAUAUUAAAUAUGGCUCCUAUUGCUAUAAAUGAAAAUUAGAAUGAUAGUGAAUUGAAUAUCUAAAAAACUGUAGAUUCUAUAAAUUAAACAGAAAAAGAAGAAGAAAAAAUAAUAGAAUAAGUUUUUGUAACUAAUUUUGAUCCUCUUAUUUAAUAAUUAACAAAAAAGUUAUAAAUAAAUGAUUAAAAGAAGAUUCUAACAGGAUAUUAAUAAGGAUAUUAAGUCCCAUUUACAAUGGAAUCUUUGUUAUAUUAGUUUUCAUUAUAAAAAAGAGAUUCAAAAUAACCUAUUAUAUUAUUGGGAGGGUUAAAUUUAGAAGAUUAAAUUAGAUUGUAUUUAAAAAAUAUACCUUCAACAAAAAUUACUUAAGAAUUAUCUAGUCUUAGAUAUCAAUGGUUGAAUCAAUUAUUGAAUAACUUUGCUGAUAUUUAAUAAAAUGGUUGCAUUUUAUGUAAUUCAUAACCAAAUGGUUUAAUGCCUCCUUCUAAAGUUCUUAAUGAAUAACAAAGAAUGAAAUAGAUUUAAGCUGAUUUUCUUGCAGAAAUAACAAAUAAAUAUAUUGGUAGUAGUGGUAAAAAACAAUUUUUAGUAAUUGUUCAAUAAUAAUUAUUUUUGGAAACUCUCAGAAGUAUAGCUUAAAGAAAUAUUGAUAAAAAUGAUGUAGAUAUUGAUAAAUAUAGAGAAGAAUAUUUCGAAAAAAAAUUAGGAAAGAAAUUUUUAAAUUAAAAACAUUAUAAAGUGUUUUAAUAAUUUUAUGAAGAGUAAAUAUUAUAUAUUAUAAUUAGUGCUUUAAAUUGUGAUACACCAUUCAAAUAUUGUUAACAAGAGAUGUUAGAUUUAAAUAAAUUUUCAAGUGAGAAAUAUAAAAAAGGAUUAGAUUUACGUUGUGGAAUAAGAGAUAUUUUAUUUUGA